AUGCCAUCGCCGGAUAUUCAAGUCUUUGUGAAAUGGAAAGACCAAACUAUCUUCGCUGGGGAAGACGUUGAAUGUACAAUUACUUUCCGCAACGUCGCGGACAGCAACAAUUCCGAGUCCAGCAAUCACCAUAAUGGCGGACAGCUUACUCCUCACCAGCCGCAAAGGAAACAACCCAGAGCCGGCAGCACCGAUUCCUCUUUUUUCUCUCUGAAAUCUCCGCAGAACCUUUUCUUUGGCUCGAAUCGUCGUUCGCAUUCUCUCAGCCCGCAGAAGAAACCGUCUCAUCGUACGUCGUCGUCAUUGAGCGCUCCGUUGGGUGGUGCCCAUAGCUUCCCCCCGCCGUCAACACCCCGGAAUGGGCCUCCCCCGAGUCACAAACACAAGCGGUCCGUGUCGAUUCUGUCCAUUGAUAGUGAGGGAGGGAAUGGAGGGAAUGGAGGAGAUAAGACGCCCUCGUCUUCCUCGCCGUUCAGUCGCAUGCCCCCAAGAGGCCAUGGUCGUUCGGCAAGUCUACAGGUUCUGCCUAAACGAAAUGAUAGCUACGAUGAGGCUUUCAUGAAAGCUGGGCGACCUACCCGUGGUUACCCGCCUCUCGACUCCCCGGCCAACCCAUCUCCCAGCAAUCUGAGACUCGAUGUGAGCCAUCGCGGAGGCUCCGGCACGCCGAGUCCUAUAAGACCGCUUGAAUCGUCGCGUGCGCCUAGCAGAAGACCGCAAUUGCCUCCUUUAGACUUCAAGUUCCCUGCAGCACCACCUUCAAUCAACGAGCGCUCCGCUAUUUCACCUUCAGUGGCGUCGACAGAAGAAUCUCUUGCGCCAACAGCAACAGGAAAACCAAUCAAUAAAGAUGGUCCGCCCUUAUCGGCACAGGGUCAUCUGCCGCAGAUGACCAGGAUCAUGUCGACUUCAAGCCAAAGCGGAAGGAGCAGCGGGGAGUUCUACUCUGUGAGCGACCAUUCAUCGGAGACACUCCAAUCAGAAUACACAAACUAUUCGAUACCGGUACCGCGUCCGAUUCCCAACCGUCAUAUGCGACACCAUUCCAGCGUGGACCCCAGUCCCGUGCUCGCCAAUGGCCAGACACUCCUCAUGGGAUAUGCGCAGAUCAGCGCAUCGUUUACUGUGGACGGCUCCUUGAUCAACCAAUCUGCCUUCGAAGAGGUAAAACGGAAAGGUGUCGUUGGUGGUCAGGGAAGUGGCACGGGGGCUCCGGGUCCUGGGACUGGCCGCGGUGACAAAAGCCGUAAGGGCGGGGGUUUCUGGGGUGCCUUGCGGUGGAAUAAUAUCGAGGAGUCUCUAAGUGGACUCCUUUCCAACAAUGACCUCGAUGGUCUGCGAGAAAUGCGGGGUGUAUCGUCGUCGAAGUCGAUCCCAUUGUUGUCGACCUCCCAAUCGCUUUUGUUCGUGGACCUCCGUCUUGCGCCUGGCCAGGAGCAAUCCUAUUCUUUCUCCUUUACUUUGCCCAGUGGCCUCCCUGCGAGUCAUAAGGGAAAGGCCAUUAAAAUUUCUUACAAUCUAGUUAUCGGUACUCAGCGGCCCAGUGGUUCGAAGUCGAACGAACCUCAGCGCGUUAAUCGAAUCAACGUACCUUUCCGGGUAUUUAGUGGUGUCAAUGGUCAAGGACAAAUCAUUGGUCACAAUCUGAUGUCGCCAUACGUGCUCCUCCGUGAUGAAGCCCGAGUGCAGAAGAUUGGUUCCAGUCCAUAUCUAGCAUGGAAACAGCAGAAGAGCAUUAGCGGCCCGACGUGGACAUCAGCCCCAGAGUUCCUAUCCUACGUCGACGAGAUCUUAGAACAACGGUCACGACAAAACUCAUUACAGCCUCCCGACACACCAGCUGAAAGGCGGGAAAUGCAUAAUAUAUCGACCACGACGCUGUCUUGCAAAGAUGCAAUUGACCUAGCGAUUUUACGGAGCAACCAAGCAUCUCAAUCAUCACGCAGUCCCAAUCGUUUUGAAAUUGCUCGCAAUGGUCGGCGGAUUGCGGUGGUCAUCUUGAAUCGCCCAGCGCAUCGAUUGGGAGAAGCUAUCAUCGCCACUGUCGACUUUUCAGAUGCGGCACUUCCAUGCUACGCUCUCCGUGUAUCACUGGAGACGUCGGAGAAGGUAUCCGAGGAAUUGGCCGUGCGGUCGAAUGCAAGUAUCCAUCGCACCACACGACGUAUUCAUGCGUCUUUCUUCGAGAACACCCUGUACGCUACACGGGUUGUCUUUACUCCAGCCGUUCCUAUCGCAGCUACUCCAACUAUUCUAACGAGCGGAGUGAACCAUGUCUGGGAAUUACGGUUCGAGUUUGUGACGCCCAACAUGCACGGUGAUCCUAACACCGAACAACCAUCCGGUGCCGGUCUGCUCGAGGCCAUAUCCCAGGAUGACCGGGGCCAGGUGGUAUCAGCUCUGGAGAAUCUUGGAUGCGAGUCUUUUGAAAUUGCCAUUCCUCUCACUGUGUAUGGCGAGACAGUCAGAGAAAGAUUGCCCGAGGAAAAUGAGGGAUAUUCUAUAUAA